AUGCGCUUCUCUGUUCUCGCUGCUACCGGCCUUAUCGGCGCCGUUGCCGCUGCCCCGGCCCCUGUUGCCCUUCAGUACGAUGAUGUCGUCGUCGUUGGUGAGGAUGGCUCCCACCAGAUCAUGAAGUCUGCCGAGUACGACGCUCUCCAGGCUCGUGCCUCUCUCGAGGUUGCUCCCGCUGUUCUUCCCCGCAGCGAGGGCGUCUCUGCCCGCGGCUGUGCCGAGUCCACCGAGGUCCAGGUCCUCUCUGACGAUGAGUUCCUUAACUGGGACAUUGCCAUCUCCCCCGUCCUGAGCUCCAUUGGCGGCAGCGCUACCGUCUCUGUUGCCAACGGCUACUCCCUCUCCAACACCGUCACUGUCAGCUCCGGUAUCACCGGCAGCUUCGCUGAGGGUGUCUUGGGUCUGUCCCUCUCCGUCUCUUACGCCCAGUCUUGGACCACCACCGAGACCCAGACUCUUGGCUUCACCGUCCCCGAGGGCCAGUACGGCCUCGUCGUCUCCCAGCCCAACGUCCGCCGCGUCAAGGGUAACAUCCUGUCCGGCUGCACCGACAGCCCCAAGAAGACGGAGUUCACCUCCGACACCUACUCUAGCCAGAACUACGGUAACCUUAACUGGGUCAAGGGUGUCAUCCGUCUCUGCAACAGCACCACCUACCCCGUUCCCUACUGCAACGGUGAGGGUGCCCACCGAUAA